CCCAGGCAGGACACUUGAGUACAGAGCUGGCUGGCUACGAUACAUCCUAGAGCCCAUAGCCAUACACCGCUGAGCCUGAGUAUUGCAGAGGAUUGGCUCCCUGUGUGCAGGAUGUACCCAUAAAUGGCUGUGCUGUUGGGAAUAUCCCUUGCUUUAUUGUUGCGCUAAGGAUACAGAUUUGGAAAUGGACUGUGAGAAGUUCAUCUGAGGAGUAUCGCAAGCGAUAGCAAUACUGCUCUAAUCGAUCGACAUACUGAUUUAACUGACCUGAACCCAGAAAUUCCAAAUACUGAUGACUAGAAGAAGUGUGGCUUGAUUUGUCCUCUGCGCCUGUAUGUUAACCCAAACAGCUAUUGGGAAUGAAGAUGGUUUCAUCUGAUGUACGAGACAAAACAGUGAGAAAACACGUAGAACACUGCUGCUUCUUGGUAAUUGUUGUCAUUAGAAUGGUCCCAGGUUUCGCCUCCACGGUUGACCCUACACUAAUGCCUAUAGUAAAUGAAGAAUAUAUAUCAAGGCAAAGAAUAAUUAACUCACAGUUCAAAUGUUAUGAGAAAAUGAAGAAAGAUUCUCCGUAUUCAAAAUCAGGCUUAUAUUGUAAUCGCACUUGGGAUGGAUGGUUAUGUUGGGACGAUACCCCUGCCGGCAUAAAUGUUACCCAGAAUUGCCCUGACUACUUUCCUGAUUUUGAUCCAACAGAAAGAGCGUCCAAAUACUGUGAUGAGAAUGGCAAUUGGUUCCAGCACCCUGAAAGCAACCGCACGUGGUCCAACUACACUCUCUGCAAUUCAUUUACCUCUGAGAAGCUGAAGAUGGCUUACAUACUUUACUACAUGGCUAUAGUAGGACAUGCCUUGUCUAUUGUUUCAUUGAUGAUUUCCCUUGGAAUAUUCUUCUAUUUCAAGAGCCUGAGCUGCCAGAGGAUAACCCUACAUAAAAACUUGUUUACCUCUUAUGUUUUGAACUCAGUGUUUACAAUUGUCCAUCUUACGGCUGUAGUACCAGAUACAGAUCUUGUGAGGAGUGAUCCUGUAAGCUGCAAAGUGCUCCAGUUUUUUAGCCAAUACAUGCUGGGAUGUAACUAUUUCUGGAUGCUUUGUGAAGGAAUAUACCUCCAUACACUGAUAGUGGUUGCAGUCUUUGCAGAAGAGCAGCAUUUACAUUGGUAUUAUCUGCUCGGCUGGGGUUUCCCCUUAGUGCCUGCAUCUAUUCAUGCGUUUGCAAGAACAAAGUAUUUUAAUGACAACUGUUGGAUGAGCGUGGAAACCCACUUGCUUUAUAUUGUUCAUGGGCCCAUCAUGGCUGCACUGCUGGUCAACUUGUUCUUUCUUCUGAAUAUUGUACUAGUACUUGUAACAAAGUUGAGAGAUACUCACCGGGCAGAAUCCAACAUGUACAUGAAAGCAGUGAGAGCCACCUUAAUCCUAGUGCCCUUAUUAGGAAUCCAGUUUGUCAUCUUCCCAUGGAGACCAGAUACUCGACUUGCUGGAGAGAUCUAUGACUAUAUCAUGAAUAUAUUAAUGCAUUACCAGGGAUUACUUGUUGCAACCAUCUUCUGCUUCUUUAAUGGGGAGGUACAAGGAGCCUUGAAGAGACAAUGGAUGCAAUACAAAACCCAGUGGGGCCAAAGACGGCGAGAACAUUGCUCCAUGCGUUCUACAUCAUAUACCGCAACGUCCAUCACCGAAGUCCCCAUUUAUCUAUAUCACCAUGAUUCCAAUAGUGAACAAUUAAAUGGGAAAUACGGAGAUGAGUCAGAAAUCACUGCAUUGAACUCUGGAGAUACAUAUGCUUAAAUCUACCUGUUUGCAGACAGACACGCUGCUUUCAGAGAUCCGCCAAUUCUGCUCCUUUCUGGAAUCCAAGCCUUCGACAAAAAAUGUCAAAAAGAUUGCUACUGACAGGAUCCGCGGUGGCGUAGUAGAGGUUUAAUGAUCUUGUAGCGAACGGUGCUACUUACACAUAUAACCCUGUGACGGGGUAGCACUAACUGGCAUUUGGAUAAAAGUAAUGGGCACAUCCAGAGCUAAAGAAGGAACAAGAUAUAAUAAUGAAUGGAUGCCUAUAAAUGGCUGUCCGAAGAAAGCCAAACGUUUGCAAGUCACAAAUGCAUUUUGUUGUCAGCCCUUCCGAAUAUAUCUAUUUUUUGCAGGAUGACAAUAUCGCCAUUACUCUCACACACACAUUUUUAAAGCUUGUCUCGAUUAUUUAAUAUUUAUUAGAUUUGCGAACAGCGGAUAAUGACUGCUCCAUUAAAGUCUUUGUAAAGCACAGUGCACAAUUCCAAGUAUUAGACAUUGGUGCUAGAUGACCGCUAGAAUGAAUGGUCUCUGUGAUCUUUUUGUUUUUUUUUCUUUCUAGUUCCUUUUGGAUACUUUUAUAAAUAGAUGUUUUUUUCAUGACAUGUACAGAAGUCAUAAUAUAUAAUUUGUUAAUGAUUGCGACAUGAGAAGUCCCGGCCAUAUCUUAUAAUGGAAUACGGAAACAUUUACUGAACUUGUUUAACAAUGAACGACGAUCAUUUUAGGAAAUAUUGUGGCUGUGGGGAAAAACAUUUGUUUUAUUACCUGGAAUUAAUGUCAGUGGUUUGAAGAAUGUGUUUUACCGCCACCAAAUGAAACGGUCACAGGAAAUAUUUUUUGAAAUCAAGUUUUUCCUCCGCAGGUUCGACAGCAAAUAGCAAAUAAGUAUUUUUUUUUUUUUUUAAAUUGUAAUGUUUGACGAGGAAGCUUUUCAGAGACAUUUUUAUAUUCGAAAUAAAGGUUGGUUAUUUUUAUUAAAUGUAUAUAUAAAUACAGUAUAGACGUACUGAAUAUAAAAUGGUGAGAACCCAAAUAUAAUAUAAAAAAUAUAUAAUAUAUAAAAGGAUUCAGUCAGCGAUAUUAAACGACUGUAUUAUACGCACCUCAUUUUCCCAAAUGAUAUUUUAAUUCCAGUUUCCGUUCAGAUAUUUGUCUUUUAAUUCUCCCUGUAGUGUUCAUAUCUCAAGGUUCAUUGCUAUGUCCAAGGGCUAAACAGAAUGAAUGAUUUAGUGAGUUUCAGCACCAAGUCAAUAGAAUUACAGUAUAUUUAUAGAAAGCAUUUAUUAUAAGUAUAUUUUGUGCCUGGUGGGAGAAACCAUAUGAAGUAUUACUCACACAGUGUCAGUUAUUGAAGUGAUGUGACAAUGCCAAUCAGAAUAUAUUGUCAUUUCUUAAGGGGAUAUUGUCACAGGAUAACAUCUUUGCAAAAUGCAUCAGUUAAUAGCGCUCCUCCAGCAGAAUCCGGCAUUGAAAUCGGUUUUUCAAACAAGGAAACAGAUUUUUUUUAUAUUUGUUUUUUCAAUCUGACGUGGGACUAGACAUAUUCUUAGUUUCCCAGGUGUCCCCAGCUAUGUGACUUGCACUCUAAUAAACGUCAGUCACACUUUACUGCUUUGCUGCAAGUUGAAGUGAUGUCACUAGUGAUGAGCAAAUCUGUCCUGUUUCACUUCGGUGAAGAAUUCAAGAAACUACCAAACAUUUGCAAAAAGCUACUUUUUUGUUGUACGCUCAUUUUGCUGUGACCGUGCCCAAUUUGAAGCGACUGUGCCAAUUUUGAAGCAACAUUUUUUUGACAACUGACAAAUUCUUUCGUGGCGCGUUUUGGCAAAACAAUCUGCCAGUGGUGAAAUACAGAAGUUCAAUGCAAAUCCUUGCCUGGUGAAAAAAUAUGCUCAUCACUAGAUGUCACCUCUCUCCUUUUUCCUCCCAGCAGCAACAAACCCAUGGGCUGGUAACAAAAUAACAGCACCCUGACAUGCAUUGCUAAAAAUGCUCCUUACCUAGUGAUAGAUAUGAGAAUAGCAUUCAGUAAAAUACCCAAGUCCGGCUUGGGACUCCUCCAGUUACAUGGGAGUAGGAGGAACAAUAGGUUGCCUGAAAGAAGUUCUAAUGUGUAGCACUGGCUCUUUCUGAAAGCUCAGACUCAGGCACAAUGCACUGAGAUGGCACCUACACAACAAUAUUACAGCUAAAAAUACAUUUAUUGGUUUAAGAACAAAAUUUAAACCAUUGAAUUAUUUGCCAUGUACACAGUUUUUAGUAUUAUGAAAACUCCACCAUAAAAAUAAUGACAGAAUCCCAUUAAAUAAUAUAAACACUUAAAUCUAUUACAAAUCAUAUAACAUUUUUAAAAAAUGUAAGUGCAAAAAAAU